AUGUACCAAAACAUACAAACAAUAAUUCUGGAUAUCAAUGAUGGAGAAAUGAGAGCAGGAUAUUCUGGGGAAUGUUCCCCCAGAUACCAUUCGAAUCUAAUUUUAGGACUACCUAUAGGCCAUAAUGCAACAUUAAAACAUACUAUAUUCCCAUUACUUCCAGAUAUAAAAAGAGAUAAUGUCGACUUAUUAUAUGGAAUGAAAUAUGUAUAUAGUGAUAAUAAUAAUAGUAAAUAUGAUAUAAAUUUUGAAGCUAUGGAAAAGUUAUUUGAAGAUAUAUCAGGAAGUAAAGCAUUAGAUGUAAAUUUUCAAGAUCAUCCUAUUUUAUUAACGGAACCUAAUAAAAUAGAUUCUAAAUAUAGAGAAAAAUUUACAGAAUUAAUGUUCGAAUCAUAUAAUGUAUAUCAAAUGUUUUUAUCAAAAAGAAGUGUUCUAUCUUGCUAUGGAUGUGCAAGAACAUCGGGACUUGUUUUAAGUGUCGAAAAAAAUUGUACAAAUUUAUGUGGAAUGCAAGAGGGAUAUAUAUUUCAAAAACAUAUAGAAGAAGUACCAAUAGGAGGUGAAUUGCUUGAUAGAAUAUAUUAUGCAUAUUUAGAAAAUAUUAAAAAUAUUCAAAUAUACCCUUCAUUUUGUAUUGAUAAAAGUUCUAAUACUGAAAAAAAAACCAAUGAAGUUAAAAUUUUGACGUGCCCAUUAGUUACUAAACCUUAUUAUUUGUGGGGUUCUCUUCAUGUAGUUAGCAAAAUAAAGGAAGCACUACUCAACGACAAUCAAAAUGCCAAUGAUAAAAAAAUAAAAGCAAAUGACCAAACCAAUGCUAGUACCACUAAUAAUAUCGACCACGAUAAUAAUAAUAAUGACGAUGUGUAUACACUUCCAGAUGGAAACAUAAUAGAUAAAAGAACUAGCGAUGAAAUGAAACUUAUAUUCCCAUAUAUUUUUUUCAGAAAAAAAUACAAUCAACAUACUAUAACAAAAAUCAAUGGGGAUUCUUCAUUAAAUAAUAUGGAUUUUAACGAAUUUUAUGAUUCUUUAAAAUCUUUAAAACUUCCAAUUAUAUAUAAAUAUAAUUAUAAAAUAAAUAAUAAUAAUUCUAUAAUCGAAAAAAUACCUGAUAAUACAAUGGAUAAAACAUCAAAUUUAUGUUAUUCUGAUUCAAUAGAAAACUAUUUUGAAAUUUUUGAUGGAUUACAAGAUUUUAUUAAAAAGGGAAUUUUAUCAUUUAUGUCUUCAAAUAUAACUCUUGAUGAAGUUCUUAAUUUUUUGAUUGUAACUGGAGAAUCUACAAUGUUCCAUAAUUUUGUUGGAUUGUUAAAAUCAUAUAUUUCAUAUAUAGAUACAAUAAAAGGGAAACCUACAAAAAUUAUUUAUAGUAAAGGUGCAGAUAGAAAAUACAACACUUUUAUAGGCGCAUCUAUUUUAUCGUCUUUGGGAUCUUUCCCACAAUUUUGUAUGACCAAAAGUGAAUACGAGGAGCAUGGAGCCAAAAAUAUUAUCGAAAAAAAAUGUGUUUAA